AUGCAGUUCAAGUUGUUUGGCGCUCUUCUUGCCUUCGGGACCCUGUCCCAGGCAGCUUUCAACCGGGGUGCCCUGAAUGCCUUCAAUAAGGAGCAUCCCCGUCGGUAUGAUCAGAAGCGCGCCCCGGCUCCUCCCUCUGCCCCGAUUCUGGAGGCCAGAAGCAAGUCCAAGUUCCUCAACAAGCACACUGAGAAGUUUGUCGUCAAUGGAUCUGCCAUUCCGGAGGUAGCUUUUGACAUUGGCGAGUCAUAUGCCGGUCUGCUGCCAAUCUCUAAAGACCCUGAUGAGUCCAGAGAACUGUACUUUUGGUUCUUUCCCAGCACCAACCCUCAUGCCGGUGAUGAAGUGGUUAUCUGGCUCAACGGAGGUCCGGGCUGCAGUUCUCUGAGUGGCUUGUUGACUGAGAACGGCCCUUUUCUUUGGCAAGAUGGCACCUUGGCCCCUACUCCAAACUCAUACAGCUGGACAAACCUGACAAACGUCAUCUGGAUUGAGCAGCCUGUAGGUGUCGGUUACAGUCAGGGGAAGCCCAACAUCACCAACGAGGUCGAGCUUGGUCUUCAGUUCAUUGGCUUCUGGCGUAACUUUAUUGAGGCAUUUGAGCUUCAAGGAGCUACGACUUAUAUCACUGGAGAGUCGUAUGCUGGCUACUAUGUCCCAUACAUCGCUGACGCCUUCAUUACGGCCAAUGACGACACAUACUACAAGCUGGGCGGUGUCGCCAUCAACGAUCCCAUCAUCGGAGACGGCACCCUGCAGCAACAGGCCGUCAUCUACCCAUACAUUGAGUACUGGCAGAACCUCAUCAACCUCAACCAGACAGCCCUGAACGCCCUUCGGUGGACCCAUGAGCACUGCAACUUUUCCACUUACAUCGACCACUACGGGACUUUCCCACCUCCCAAGGGACCGUUCCCUGUCCUCCCUGACCCAUACGCUGAUACUUCGGGCAAUUACACUUGCGAUAUUUUCGACUAUGCCUACGGCGCUGCCCUUGAUUCCAACCCCUGCUUUAACAUUUACCACAUUACCGACACUUGCCCUCAUACUUAUGCACAGUUGGGCAUCGUGAAUCAGGGCGACUACUCUCCCCCCGGCGCACAGGUCUACUUCAACCGCACAGAUGUCAAGAAGGCUCUCAACGCACCGCAGGUUGAUUGGUACCAGUGCACUCCUAACAAUGUCUUUGGCGAAGGCGAUCCUAACUCGAAUUCUUCCGACACUUCUCUUGCGCCAGCACAGAACAACGUCCUCCGCCGCGUGAUCGAACACACCAACAACACCAUCAUUGGCGUUGGACGUCUUGACUUCCUCUUGCCUCCCAACGGCACACUUUUUGCGCUACAGAACGCCACCUGGAAUGGCAAGCAGGGGUUCCAAAAGUAUCCCCAAGACAAGCAGUUUUACGUACCUUUCCACCCAGAGUACAAUGGUGGAAGACUGAGUGAAGCGGGCACCGUUGGACAAUGGGGACAUGAGCGUGGUCUGACCUACUACGAGGUUCAGUUGGCGGGCCAUGAGCUGCCUGGAUACACCGCGGGAGCCGGUUACCGGGUGUUGGAGUUGUUGCUGGGACGAAUCAAGAACUUGGGUACCAUUGAGAACUUUACCACACAAAAGGGACAUUUCCAGGGCAAGGGAGGAUCUGGCCUUCGGCCCCCAGCGAACCCUCUGCACAUUCCACAGGGACAUGGUUACUAA